UCAACGUGCCAGUUUUCCGCCGACGUCGGUCCCGUCCGCACGCUCUUGACCCUGCCUGCGCCCACGGAAUUACUGUCGGCCCUGUGACUUCGUAGCAACCGGUGGUGCGUUCCCGUCCCGCGAGUCCCUCUGUUACAUGUCACCGUCUUCCUGCGGUCGCCCGCACUUCCAACCUCCACCGCAGCAGUGACGAUGGUACCCACCGUCGUCGUCGCCGCCGCAGUCACCUUUGCCGUCCUCGUCGCCGCAUCCGAUCCGACGUUCGAACAACCCGACAAAUCAGUCGGUGGUGGAUGUCCCUCACCCGGCGUCACCCUGAACGGUACCAGAGUGGUUCCCCGGUCGGGCAUGUCACCGGAUUUUUCAGCGCUGUCCGAGGUGAAAUUCUCAGCACGCCUGCCAUCCCCUUCUGGUAAGGAUUCGGCUGCGGUAGCAUCGUCGUCGUCGUCAUCCGUGGCAGCUGAAGUUUCGUCCAGGAUCUGCAAGAUAAAAUGCGUGUCUGGCCAAUGGGUUGGUCCCCUGUGCCAAGAAGUGAAUGGUGAUGGAAGAUUUCAGCCAAUUUUGAAAUCGUGUGCAUUGGAAGAAGUGCCAUCGAAUCUCAUUAUAUCCUUCAAAAAUCGGAUUUUUACAGAGUUUAAUACAACGAUACCACACAAUCACACGAUAUCGGCACGAUGUCAAGAGCCAAUCGGCACAUACAAAUUAAACGGACCUUCGAUAUUGAAUUGUACCAACGGAAUUUGGUCUAGUCCGAUACCUAAAUGUCAACCAACCACUCUGUUUACAAAUUAUUCAGAAAACUCUCCACCGACUAUUUUGGUUCGGGUUCCAUCAGGAUCAGCGGCCGUUGACCACAAUGGAGGAUUAGUAGUUUUUCCUGGAUCCAUAUUGCAUUUAGAAUGCCUUUAUUUGAGACGACAUGGUGACCCAGAAUGGACAUGGACAUCCGAGGCGGAAACGUAUUUAACAGGCUGGGCUAUCGGAAUCGACGAACGUAACUGGAAAUAUCGAUUGUCUAUUUACUACGUUAAACAAUUCGAUACUGGAGUGUAUACGUGCACAACAUCACGAGGCAUCAACAACACUAUUACGCUGCGAGUGUCAGAUGUUCACUGUAAACCAGUUCCUAGCAUGGAUCUUAACCCACAUCUCAACUACAGAGCAAGUGGUCACCGGCUAGGGCAAACUACGUAUUUCAACUGUCCACCAGGAUUUUUUCUUAAAGGUCCUGCAAAUAUCACAUGUCUUCCAUCAGGAGACUGGUCAAAUUCGCCGCCGGACUGCAUCAUGGUGAAAUGUCCACCGAUCAACGUGGACGAUUCUCGGUUGAUUAUGGUCGAGUACAACGAUACGUACGGGAAACGAGUUGUGUUCAAAUGUGCUUGGGGCUUUCAAAUGUCUGGCGUCAAUUCGAUCGAGUGCUUGGCGGAUUCCACAUGGUCGCAUCGAAUACCUACGUGCACCGAAAUCUUGUGUCCACCUCCGAUAGUGCCGCUUAACGGCCUCCUGAUUGAGGACUCGGCGCCGGGACGGCAUGUCGUCGGAUCCGUCGUGCAGUUUUCUUGCGGCAAAAAACAUCAGCUGAUCGGCAAACCCAGCAUGGUGUGCACCGAAAAUGGCACUUGGUCACACUCCACUCCGUACUGUAAAGCUAGGUGUGAGUAUCCGGGAGAGCCAUCCAACGGACGCAUCAUCCCGCUGAAGUUCUGGUACGCGCCGGGGGACAAGCUGAAGAUCACAUGCCUAGCCGGGUACGUGUUACCACUUCCACUUGAAGCCAGCCCACCCGUGUGCCUGGCCGACGGCACGUGGUCACACUCAUUGCCCGAAUGCAUACAAUACACGAACGUAUGAUCCGAAGAAGUCGCGGAGACGACAGAAAAAUACGUUCCGUUUUCACGGCCAUGAUCAAAUAACCAUGUGCGCCUCGGUCUAGGGAACCGCGUUUUGCAUGUUGAGUGUAAUAUACCGACGUCGAACCGGUUCCGUUCACAGACAUAUUUAUAUUUUAAUUAUUAUUAUUACUAAUAUUAUUAUCAUCGUCCACGUCUACUAUAACCCGUUUCUAUUUUGUCCGUACAGUCGACAUCCUUUUUAAUACAGUUGAUUUAUUACUUUAACAUUAUUAUUUUUCGAAGGCCGCGGUGAUUGUGUUUAAAUAGGCUUUGUAAUAUUUCGCCAUUUUCGGUAUUAUGUAUAUUUUAUUUCCUUAUCCAACGUCAGUAAAAUUAAACGGUUUAAAUGGUUAGAUUAGAUAUUUAUAAACAUGUGAUAUACUUACGCAAUCCAACUUAAAGUGUCAAACAACGGUAUACAAAUAUGGAUGACUUUUGUUCGUAAUUCAAUUAUAAUAUAUCACACGAUAUUCAUAAGAUAUAUGAUA